AUGAUACCAUCGUGCCCUGCUGUCUGCGCCCUACUGCCCGCGCGCUACCCUGCCCGCGGUGCCCUGCGUCCUGCAGCCCGCGCGUCCGCACGCCCUGCCUGCGCGUCCUGCUGCCCACGCCAUGUGCGCCCUGCCGCGCCCCGCGCGCCCUGCUGCCCCCGCCCCGCGCGCCCUACAGCCCGCGCGUUGCCCUGCCCGCGCGCCCUGCAGUCCGCUCUGCCCUGCAGCCCGCACGCCUGCGCUGCCCGCGCUCGCGUGCUCUGCUGCCUGCUCCCCACGCGCCCUGCUGCCCGCGGGCUACCCUGCCCGCGCUACCCUGCCCGCGCUACCCUGCAUCCUGCAGCCCGCGCGUCCGCACGCCCUGCCUGCGCGUCCUGCAGCCCGCGCUGCCCUGCAGCCCGCGCGCCUGCGCUGCCCGCGCCCUAUGCGCCCUGCCGCGCCCCGCGCGCUCUGCAGCCCACGCGCUGCCCUGCCUGCGUGCCCUGCAGCCCGCACUACCCUGCAGCCCGCACGCCUGCGCUGCCCACGCCCCGCGCGCUCUGCUGCGCCCCGCGCGCCCUGCUGCCCGCGCCCCGGGCGCCCUGCUUCUCCUGCGCCCUGCAGCCCGCGCGCGCAUACUGCCCCGCGCGACCUGCUGCCCCGCGCGCCCUGCAGCUCCUGCCCCCGCGCACUGCCCUAGCCACUACAUCUGCCACAGUCGCAGCACCUCCCACUACUACAGCUGCCGCCAUCUCUGCUGCUGACUGCCAUUGCCCGUCACGGCCACGCCGCCGGUCUUAG